AUGGAAACAUUAUCACAUAUAUUAUUAAGAAAGAUAGUUUCAUUCAUUGAAUCUAAUGCUGAUAGGAUAUGUCUGGCAUUGGUGUCAAAGAGAUUCUUUGAGGAAAAGGACAAGUACUUUAGUCUGAACCCAUCGUCGAUAAGGUUAUCGACAACAUUCUAUCAAAGUACACGUAUAAGACUCAACUCUUUCAGACCAAUGAUUGACGAAGCAUUUGAUGCACGUCCCGACCAGACCAUGAUCUAUCACAGCAAAGACUGUGAACCAAACACAAUCAUCAGUUACUUUAAGUACUUUAACCAUGUCCAUCAUAUAUUAUAUAGACCUUAUAAAAUAUCACCUAGUAUCACUACACUAAAAUUCUCUACAGAGGUCAAUCGUCGUAUUAGGAAGGGUAUGAUCCCUCCGACAAUCAAGACAUUGAUAUUUGGCUAUGAGUUCAACUCUCUGAUCGACCCAGGUGCCAUCCCCGAGUCGGUCCUGACGAUUGAGUUUCGACAAGAGUACAACAGAUCACUGGAGAAUGUACUGCCCAGCAGCCUGACCAGUCUGACGUUCAGGGACGGCGAGUUCCACACACGUAUCAAGCCUGGCCAUCUACCAAACACGCUACGUUAUCUGGACCUGGGCCUGAACUUUAAUCGUCCACUGGUGCCCAACUCUCUGCCCAACAGUCUGACAGAGCUACUGAUAAGCGAUGGCUUUAACAGACCGAUCGAUCCCGGUGUCCUCCCCGAGAGCCUCACCAAGCUAACGUUUGGCGAGACAUUCAAUCAGGAGAUGGAAAUCGGCACUUUGCCCUCCAACCUCAAGGAGAUAUUCUUUGGCCUAUUCUUCAACUCCCCACUGAAUCCAGGUGUUCUCCCGCCAGCCCUAACAACAAUCACAUUUGACAUUAGUGGACAUUUCAAUCAACCACUGGAACCCGGAUCAGUUCCCUCAUCGCUGACCAGUCUAAGCUUUGGCGAUGAUUUCAAUCAAUCAUUGAUGGAUAUACUGCCGCCAACUAUAGUCCAUCUCUCCUUUGGUUCAGAGUACGAGCAGCCACAUUCAUUCAAUGAGCUCAAGAUUGGAGAGAAGCUCGAGAGGAUUGAGUUUGCUGGCGAGCAGUUCUUGCUCCCUUCCGGAGCAAUUCCUCCAUCGGUGACAGACAUCAACUCUGGCGUCAACUUUAACACGAAAAUCCCCUCUGGCAAUGUCCCAAAGCAGAUCAAGGUACUUGAGCUUGGUGCUUCAUUCAAUCAUACGAUUGCCAAGCGUGCUUUGCCCGAUGGUUUGGAGACGCUGGUGUUUGGCGAGGACUUUAAUCGACUACUCAAACAUGGUGCGCUUCCCUCAACGCUCAAAUCAAUCAGUUUUGGCGAUUCAUUCAACCAACAGGUUCCCAGAGGCAUGUUCCCAUCGUCGCUCACGAGCAUCACGUUUGGAUUCGGGUUCAGUCAGCCCUUCAAGAAAGGCUCCAUCCCCGAGUCAGUCACUGAGCUAAAGCUGAUGUCCGACUCCUAUCCCUACCACAUCCAGGAGGAGGAUAUACCUUCUGUGCGACGACUGAUCCUCGAGGGCGACGCAGUGCUCCAACCAUCGUUUGCCGGUCAUCACACGAUCAAGGGCGACAGCAUCAGACAUCUUCAGUUCAAUCAUGCACCAAACAAGUUUGAGACACUCGAGCUGAGGCCACUGAGCGAGAGGUGGACACUACUGAUGCUGGAUGACAUGCGUGGAGGAAUAGUUGAUUCAAAGCACAUGAUGAAGUUCCUACACAUGUACAUAAGGGACCUCAAAACAUAUUCAUUUGGAGAGUUGGACGAUGACACUGUUCCCGAGGACGAUGUAGAUGCAUCAUAUCAAGAGUCUGAUGAUGAUGAUGAUGAUGAUGAUGAUCACUACCAUGGACACCAUCACUAUGACCAUGAUCAGGAUUAUCAAGACGAAGAUGAGGAAGAUGAAGAAGAUGAUGAUGAUGAUGAUGAAGAUGAAGAUGAUGAAGAUGAUGAAGAUGAUGAAUUUGAUUCCGACUUGGUCAACCAUCUGAAAGCACAUCUGGCAGUCCAUGCAAGUGAUGAGGAGGACGAGGAAGACGAGGAAGACGAAGAUGAGGAGGAUGAGGAUGAGGAUGAGGAUGAUGAAGAUGAUGAGAUAGAUUAUGAUUUUGACGGUGAUGAAGACGAAGAUUAUGAUGACUAUGAUGAUUAUGGUGGAGGUCAUCAUUGGCCAAACCAUCAAAACAAUGAUGAUGAUGACGACGACGAUGACGAUGACGACGAUGACGAAAUCACUGAAACUGAUGAAGACCAGAGUAGCUCUGAUGAAGAUUAUUUCUAA